GCCUGGCUCCAGCCUCCCCUGUGCUCCGUGGGGAAGUGGGCUGGGCGAGGGGCGGGAGGGACGCCCCCGCCACCGUUUGAUUCCGCAUCGGUCACUGACCCGCCGGCUCCACCCAGUCUGCUGCUCAGCGCCCCGGAGUCCAGACGUGCCGCCCUGGACCACCACAACACGGUCCGCGGAGUGCAGAGCCGAGUGCUGAGAAGGCAGAGUCUCUUGUCCACAGCACACGAGGCCAGCAACUAGCCACAGCACAACAAGCUGCAAGCAGCCUGCUGCUUUGCCUGCUGGUGCUGCGCUCGCUUUGCGCGGGGGGCCAGCGGUAAGGUGGUCGCAGCGGACCACAGCCCAGCGAGGAGAAGGGCGGUGCAGGCGGUCGCUUUCCUGAUUGCAAGAACAUUCAGAGCACUCGUGCUGCACGAGCGUGUCGCGACGACCAGGAGGUGAUCCGUGCAUUGGAAAACAGUUCCUCUGCAGCGGGAGGCGAUGAGUGCGAAGCAGGCCGAGACUUCGGCGUCUGGAUCAGCCCCACUGCAGGGCCAGCUCACGGGCGGGGACGGACAGCCCUCUAAGUCUGGGUCAGAACCUCUGCAUGGCGAGGUCAAGGAUGUCCAGGACACGAGCGUUCCGGGCAUUGAAAACCUGCCAGACGGGGUACUGGUCCAAAUCUUCCACCAGGUCAGCGACGGAGUCACCUUCCAAGAAGUUCUCCCAGCCGUUUCACAACGGUGGGAGGAAGUGGCGCGUGAAGCCCGUAGGUGGCGAGACCUCACAGACAUCGUGAAGGGCCUCAUGUCCUUGCCGCCCGAAGGUGCUCCAUUCGUCGCUGACUUAUACGUCGAGUUUUUCCUCUGGCCCACUGAACGACGAGUGAUCCCCGAUCGCUGUGUUGUCCGUGAUUUAAGCCGACUACUUGUGUCCGGAAAUCUCUCCAUGGUUGAAGACGAUGUGCCACGAUCCCUACGCCAGGGGUACCUUGAGGCAGUGUGGCGCAGCCGACAUCAACUCAAACGACUGGUCUUGGUAUUGGACAAUACGACAAAAACUGACUUGGGUCAUAGCUCUUUGUUUGUGCUCUCUCACAUGCCCUGUCUUGAGGAGUUAACAGUGAAUGUGGAAGCUGACUUCGUCUACGAGAGUGGUCAACUGAAGCAAGUUCUUCCCAAUCUUAAAAGCUUUGAGGUGGUCGAGAGCGAGACCAGCCCCGUGCACCAUGAUUUGAUCAGAGACCUCUUGGUAGAUGGCCUUGUCAGUGCCAAAUUCCGUCCGGGCUCCCCAGCCAGACCCGCCCUGCUCAUGGCACUGGCAAAGUGCAAGAAACUGACUGAUUUGAACGUUCAUUUUGACUACGCCCCUGUUUUUCGGAGUCUGCCUGCCCUCAAGAGCGUUACCGUUCAUUUGACCUUGGACAGUCCAAUUCCGAUAAAUAUCCUUGAGCAGACCUUUGUCUCGGCGUACACGCCAAGGUUAGAUUACUUGCAUGUGAUAGUCUACUGUAAACUAUGUCCGGUAUGCCAUUCGGCCCUCCACCACGAGUGCCAGAGGAUAUUGAAGGCAGUGGAAAAACUGGGAUGCAAAGGAGGGGCAACAUACUUAGUUUUGUCACAAUUUUGACCAAAUCUUUCUGCAGAGCACAGCAGAUAAAAUUGAAUUAUCAGCAAGACCGACAGAAAUAAGUUGGCAACAGUUGGAGGAGCCUCAAAAAAUAAUGCCAAGGUCUCCAUUGUAUCCAGUGAAUGUCUUACGAUGAAAGGCUGCACCAACAUAUUAUGGUGGAGAUUUUCUCCAU